AUGAUUCGUCAACGGUGCCGAGCACCCUCAGCAGCGUUAUCGGAAUUUCAAAGUUCUGCGUAUCAGAUGGGGCAGACUUCAACACCUUCGAAUCCCAAACCGUCGAUGCCUUGCAGGCCGGUUGUCGGUUUGCUCAGUUCAGGGCCAUCAGCUGUUGUUUCUCAACAACAGGGAGGAGCAUGCUCCGCCGCAUCAGAAAAUUCUACCGUACAGUCUGGGUCAAUUUUCGAUGCAGAUUCGUCACUGUCAGGCACUUCCGUCUCUUCCGCUCCACCACAGCAGCCCGCUCGAUUCACGCCAACACAGCACGCCGCGUCCACGCUGGCACUCGCAUCGCCGUUGCGCACCUCUCCGGUACUACGUGCACCCGCCAUUCUCACAACGACGCUUAGCAGUAGUACUUCGGUCGCUUAUGAAAUGCAGCCAGAGCCACAACACGCCGAACCUGAUGAACUGCAGUGCACUGUCGGUGAUGCGCUGGACGCUCUCGAAUCCGUCACACGUGGUUUGCACUUUACUCAUUCCGUACAUCACAGCAGUGUCUGCCUAGCUGCACCCACAGAGAGCUGCUACUGGUUAUGCCAAGGGGGUAGCCGCGCCAGAUUUUUAGAAAAUGACUGA